AACACGACAAGACAACGAUGAAGAUCUUUCUAAGUGCCACACUGGCCAUUAUGCUUGGCAUAAUUGGCACAAAUGCCAUAUACCAGUUUCCUGAGGGCUCUACGGGAGGCAUGACAUGGCAAACCAGUAGCACAAGUGUUCCAACCGGUGGCAUGACAUGGCAAACAACCAGCAGCUCUACAGGCGGUACAGGCGGUGGAUCCAUUUCAGGUGGCACCAGCGGCUCAAUGGUUCCCACCGGUAGCAUGACAUGGCAAACAACCAGCAGCUCUACUGGUACCGGCGGCGGAGCCACAUCUGGUGGCGCCAGCAGCACAGGUAUUCCAACCGGCAGCAUGACUUGGCAGACAAGCAGUAGCUCUACUGGUACAGGCGGUGGAGCAAUUUCUGGUGGCACCACUUGGACCACUCACCAGACCACAGUGAACGGUGGAGGCAGUCUGGGUGGAAGCGGUGGAACAAUUAAUGUAUCCGGCGGUGGCGGUAAUGGCGGCUCGGGCACCGGAUCUUUCAACUGGGAAAGUAGUGGCAGUGGCAAUGGUGCUUCUGGCAGCGCCGAUGGUUCUCUAAAUGGUGGCACCUCCAACGGUGGUUCUCAGUCCUGGAGUUGGCAAUCGGGUGGCGAACAACCUUCCGGCAGCAUUAGCAUACAGGGUCAAGGUUCCAAUGGUGCAGCCACUGGAUCUGGUAGCAUUAAUAAUGGUGGCUCUCAAUCUUGGAGUUGGCAAUCGGGUGGCGAACAACCUUCGGGCAGCAUUAGCAUACAGGGUCAAGGUUCCAGUGAUGGAGCCAGUGGAUCUGGUAGCCUUAAUAAUGGUGGCUCUCAAUCUUGGAGUUGGCAAUCGGGUGGCGAACAACCUUCCGGCAGCAUUAGCGUACAGGGUCAAGGCUCCAAUGGUGGUGCCAGUGGUUCCGGUAUGAUUGAUGCUGGUUUCGAUGGAUCUGGUGGUGCUAACUGGGCUAUUGAAGGUGGUAAUGGCGGCAAUUGGGAGACCAAUCAUAACAUCAAUAUCGAUGUUAAUGGAGGCUCUGGCGGAUCUGGUACAUGGACAACAGACCUUAAUGGCAAUGCUGGUGGCGGUUCCAUCAAUGUAAAUGGUGGUGUUCAAAUUGACCCCGGUUUUAAUGGAGGUGGCUCCCUUAACAUUGGUGGUUUGGCUGGUGGUCUGGCCCAUGGUGCUGGUGGUGUUAUCAAUGGCGCUGCUGGUGGUUUAGCUGGUGGCCUUGCCCAAGGCGCUGGUGGUAUUAUUGGUGGUGGCGCCCAGGCUCUUGGUGGCAUGGCUGGUGGUCUUGCCCAAGGUGCUGGUGGUAUUAUCAGCGGUGGCGCCCAGGCUCUUGGUGGUAUGGCCGGUGGUCUUGCCCAAGGUGCUGGUGGUAUUAUCAACGGAGCUGGCCAAGCUGCUGGUGCAAUUAUCGAUGGUGCUGCCAAUGCUGCUGGCAAUAUUGUUGGCGGUGCUGCUAACGUUGCUGGUGGUUUGGCUGGUGGUCUUGCCCAAGGCGCUGGUGGUAUUAUCAGCGGUGGCGCUCAGGCUCUUGGUGGUUUGGCUGGUGGUCUUGCCCAAGGUGCUGGUGGUAUUCUCAAUGGAGCUGCUAAUGCUGCUGGUAAUAUCGUUGGAGGUGCUGCUAACAUUGCUGGUGGUUUGACUGGUGGUGCUGCCAACGUUGCUGGUGGUAUUAUUGGCGGCGGCGCUCAAGCUCUUGGUGGUAUUGCUGGUGGUCUUGCUCAAGGUGCUGGUGGUAUUCUUGAUGGUGCUGCUCAUGCUGCUGGUAAUAUUGUCGGUGGUGCUGCUAACGUUGCUGGUGGUUUGGCCGGUGGCCUUGCUCAAGGUGCCGGAGGUAUUAUCGGCGGUGGUGCCCAAGCUCUUGGUGGUUUGGCUGGUGGUCUUGCCCAAGGUGCUGGUGGUAUUCUUGAUGGAGCUGCUCAUGCUGCUGGUCAUAUUGUCAGCGGUGCUGCUAACGUUGCUGGUGGUUUGGCCGGUGGUCUUGCUCAAGGUGCAGGAGGUAUUAUCGGCGGUGGUGCCCAAGCUCUUGGUGGUUUGGCUGGUGGUCUUGCCCAAGGUGCUGGUGGUAUUCUUGAUGGAGCUGCUCAUGCUGCUGGUCAUAUUGUCGGCGGUGGCGCCCAAGCUCUGGGUGGUUUGGCUGGUGGUCUUGCUCAAGGUGCAGGAGGUAUUAUCAGCGGUGGCGCCCAAGCUCUUGGUGGUUUGGCUGGUGGUCUUGCUCAAGGCGCUGGUGGUAUUAUCGGAGGUGGUGCCCAGGCUCUUGGAGGUCUAACUGGAGGUCUAAAUGGAGGUGUUAACGUAGGAGUUGGCGGAGAUACUACCAUAACCACCAUACAUCAAAAUGGUAUGGGCGGUAAUAUUGGUGGCGGUUUGAACAUUGACAUUAACGGUUCCGGUGGUGGUAUCGGCAUGGGUGGAGGCAUGAACGUUGGCCUUGGUGGUACCGGUGGCAUGAACGUUGGCCUAGUUGGUUCCGGUGGCAUGAACGUUGGCCUUGGCGGCUCUGGUGGCAUGAACGUUGGUCACACCGUUGUCACUGGCACCGGAGGCGGUCUAGGUGGCGGCCUUGGCGGCGUUGUUGGUGGUCUGGCCAAUGCCGCAUCCGGUCUUGUUAAUGGCGUUGCCACCGCUGCUGGUGGUAUUCUUGGAGGAGCGGCCAACGCAGUUGGUGGACUUCUUGGUGGAGCAACCUCAGCCUUAACAGGAGGUAGUUCUGGUGGCGGUCUUCUUGGCGGCAUUCUUGGUGGUGGUGGUGGCUCCACUACUCAUUACCAACAACGCCCCGGUCUAUUUGAUAAUCUGCUUGGUUAAUUCUCACAAAAAAAAAAAAAAUUGUUUUUAAUUCUAGUAAAUGUUGUCUUAUUUAAAUUGUAUUUCGAAAUUAAAAUCCUGUAUUAAAUAAAUAGAGCAAUAGAUAUACCAUUUUUUUUUU